CCACUCCAAUUUAAGCACCGUUCUAUACUGCUCCUUCCCCGCACGAAGCAAACUUUAAAUUAUCACACUCAUCACUUCAUCCGGCACCAGAUUUCGGAGCCUCGUCGCGAUGUUUCCCGAAUGGCCAGGGCGCAGGCCUUUGAGCCUUUCUGCUUUUCUUGUCAACUGUUUGAGUAGUCUCCGCUACAAUCUUGUUAGACUUAGACUUAGAUGCCCUGUUCCUCUGGUCUUCCAUGUGAGUCCUCAAAAAUUCAGUCUUUUUAAAAGGUCACUGACCGACAUUGCGCUGAAAUCUGGUGGUCCCAUUAUGAAUUGUUAUGAAUUGAGUGGUAGUCGCGGUGGAAGGGGCGUGAGGAACCCGUGAGAUUUCAACGGAUCUCCCAUGCUGGAAUUCACUGCAUCGAUGCCAUUCUUGGUGAGGCUAUUCUUUGCAGUACCUAAGGCUACGUUGGGCGAUGGGUUUAACGUUAUAACUGCAAUAUUUAGGAAUGCUGCCAA